AUGGUUACUGCGCUUUCGGGCGGAGAUGUUCAGUGUCUACUCUACAUGCAAGACCUGAGAGACGUGGAUAACGGCGCCUUCCGCAUUCGUUGUGCGGUGAUGAAGUCUGCGAACUCCCUCAUGCCUAUGGCUUGGCUUGAGAUGAACAUCGAGGAAUGGCAUAGUGUACCUUGUUGUAAAACGGAACGUUUCAAGUAUUAUAUGGAUUAUAGAAUUGAGAGAUCAUGUGCUGCAUUGGAGGCAGCCAUGGACGUGGAGCUGUGCGCUUGUUGUUCGGCCGAGGUCCAGCGAGCCGAGCGAGCGCAAUGUCUCCUGUGCCGGCCCUGCGUGGAGCACGCAUCAUCUACAUCUACAACAAUGACGUCAGAUGUGAGCCCGUUCCUUAUUUUCGUUAAUAGAGCAGUGUGGUGCUUACCUAUUCUCUUCGGUGGACUUAUCAUCGCAGCAGCCUCUCACUGCGACCACUUCUAUAGGAAAGACUACACCUACAUCGACCAGUUCGACGCCUUCUACAAGCUCCACUGGGACCUGUCGGGGCAGUCCUGGGGCUCCGCCUUCUUAGCCUGCGACGAUGAGGGCGCAGCCCUGUUUUACCCGAAGACGGCAGAUGAGUGGAGCGUUGUGAGCACCCUGGUCGCGCCGAUGAAACUCAAGCCUAAUGUUACGGAGAUUUUCGUUGGGAUACAUGAUGAGUUUGGGCUGGGAGAGUUCAUGACUGUUGAUGGUUUGUCAACACCAUCUCCUCUACCAGAUAUAGACCAAGAUCUGGAAGGCCAGAGCGCAUGCGUGGUGAUGGAAAUAAACACUGGCGCCUACAAGCUGGAGGCAUGUGACACGGACAGCAUAAAGCCGUUUGUCUGCAAAAAGGUCGAAGAGGUUAUUGCAUCCUGUCCUACCAUCGAUCGUGGCUACAUAUACGACAAAAAAACAAAAAAAUGUUACAAGCUCAACCAAAGAAAGAAGCUGUGGACCGACGCCAUGCAGACCUGCUUCAUGGAAGGUGGGAUCCUGGCGGUGGUCACCAGUGCUGAGGAAGCUGAUGUCAUCUUCCAGAAGUUGCCAGAAUAUGAGGAAGAGUAUUUCGUUGGGUUUAGGAGGCUGUUUCAGAAUGGAGACUUUUAUACGGUGAAAGGUCAACAAUUCGACAACACAUUCUACAAGCGUUGGCGAAACAAUGGAAACGACGAGAACGAAUCUAACAACGAUUGCGGGACGGUAUCGAAACGAUACGACUACAGAGACCUAUUCACUGGCACGAGGAAUUGUCUCCAACCCGCUGCUUUCGUGUGUGAAAUGGUCGCUAGGACUUAAACUUGCAGGCAGAUUUAACUUGUGUCAAAGAGAAUUAAGUCUACUUAAUUCUCUUUGCUUGUGUGAUAGUAUAUGCUAAAAAUUAAAGCUCAAUAAUAAUGUACCUAUUAAUUCUUUCGCUCGGUGAGAACCUUUUGAGUUCACUCUAGCUAGAGCAAUAGAACCUCGAAAGGCCCACCAUACCAAGAUUUCCAAUUUCUAAUUUGAACCUUGAUGUAGGUAUAGUAAAUUGGGAUGGAUUUCGUAUGUUUGGGAAAGCAAUGAAACAGAAGAAGUGUGA